CCAAUCCGCCUAGCCGUCACCUUUAAAACCCCUCUCCGAAAUCCUCGAACGAGAUCCCCCCGUCGAUUCCACGUCUCGGCGACGUAAGGAGAGGCCCCUUUCCGAUGUAACAAAAACGAAAAGAAAAAGGAAAAAAAAACGAGAAAUCAAAAACAGUGUCGAGCCCGGAAAAUCUUGGUGAAUCGCUUCGAAAUAAACCGGUAAACGAACAAAGUGCGUCCGAAGAUCGUCGUCGUCGCGAAAAGAGGACCGGGGACCGUGCAGAGGAUACCGCAACGAUUUUGCGACCGGCUCGAUUGGGACCGAAAUUGUCGAAUCGGUUCGCCGCGUUCGAGAGAAAAGAAAGAGGGAAUAUUCGGAGCAUUCGAGGCGCGGUGAAUUUAACCUCGGGGAUACGAGGUCCUGCAGGAUGCGUCGGGGAUUGGUUAGUGUGUGGCUGGUGGUGUUGUCAGGCUGGCUGGCGUCCAGCCAGAAGGACCCCGACAGCGAUCGUUCCGGGCCCGGCGAGCCGGACUUCGAGACUCCCGAGUACAUAAUACCGUGUAGUAGAUCGGACCCGAAGAUAGAGGCGUGCUUCCAGAAGACCCUGAAUCAUCUGCAGCCGUACCUGCUGAAAGGUAUCCCCGAGCUGGAUCUGCCGCCGAUCGAGCCGCUGAUCAUCCCGGAGCUCGGCAUGGAAAAUGGACAGGGAGCGGUGCGCAUCCGAGCCCUCUUCUCCAAUAUUACCGUCAUAGGGGCUGGCAAUUAUUCCAUCACGAAGACACGGCUCGACGUCGCGUCGUACAGGCUCGAUCUGCAUCUGGCGUUCCCGAAGAUCGAGCUUCAAGGCCGCUACGAGGUGGUCGGAAACGUGCUGCUCUUCCCGAUCCAGAGCCACGGCGACUUUUGGGCGCUUUUCGGCGACGUGCUGGCGGUGGCACGGGUGCAAGGAGCCGAGGAGAUCCGCGACGGGGUCCGUUACCUGAAGGUGUCGCGGAUGCUGGUGGACUUCAGCCUGGGCCGGGCCCGGUUUCGCGUGAUCGACCAGCUGAACGGCGACAACGUGAUCGGCCAGGCGAUGAAUCAGUUUCUCAAUCAGAACGCGAAGGAGAUCAUCGAAGAAAUGAGACCGGCGGCGAGCGCGAGCAUCGCGAAACACUUCAAGGACUUCCUCGGCAAGGCCUUGACCAAAGUGCCGCUGAAAGUUUGGCUCCGCGACACGUAAAGUGGGCCUCGGCGAGCCGCCCGAUCCAAAGAUAUGAGAAAUUCACGAGUCGCCCCGACGGAUAAUACCGCGCUGCCCCCGCCUCCGUUCGCGGCGCCGAUCGCCGGCUUCGCGCGGCCCUCCCGGCAGUUCUCCCGACGGGCCUUGCGGCGGGCCCCGCGCGUUUGGAAAUCGCGGGCGACCCUGUGUCGCUUAAAGCGCGCGCGCGCAGCUCGACGGACUAACGGAAUCCGCGAAUUUCUCGCGUCUAUCGACCGUCUAAUCCAGUGCCGGGGUGCUCGCGAGCGCACUUUUCGAUUAGGGUUAUUAGUUGACAAUUAUAUCAGCGCUGCUAGCAUUGUUAGCGGAUCGUGGAUUUUUGUGCAAAGUAGUCGAAGGGAAACGAAUUUCUUGGCAGUUUGCGAUAGAAGAUUCUUUGAACGCGUUGAUAAUAAUAUAAUAAUGAAUGAAUAAAUAAUUAGAAAUAAGUAGAUAUUUGAUAAUAAAUAAAAGUAAACGAAUAGUCCAAAUAACGUUAUUUUGAAAGUAAUCACAGGCGCGGAAAUGAUUAUUAAAUAUAAUCCAACGUAAUUAAUUGAAUAUAGAAUUAAUUAAGUAUAAGCUAUUGUUAAAUGUAGCCAAAUAACGUUUCUCGAAAUAAUAAUAAUAAUAACUGAAAAUAAUUUCAAAAGUGAUUACAGACGUGGCAAUAAUUGUAGAAUAAAAUAACACGUUGCUCGAGGGAUAAUAUUUCAAUUAACGUUAUUUCGGAAUUGAUCACAAUAAAAGCCGAGCGAUAAAUUAA